AUGUCGAUCGACUUCCCGAAAGAAGAGGAGGCUAUCAUCCAAAGAUGGCGGGAAAUCGAUGCCUUCCUGCGACAGGUUGAACUGUCCGAAGGACGCCCUCGAUAUACCUUCUAUGAUGGCCCUCCUUUUGCGACCGGUCUGCCUCACUACGGCCAUCUUUUGGCUUCCACCAUCAAGGAUGUUAUCCCUCGUUACUGGUCCAUGAAGGGCUACCACGUCGAGCGACGUUUUGGCUGGGACACACACGGUCUGCCCAUUGAGCAUGAGAUUGACAAGAAGCUGGGGAUUUCUGGAAAGGCUGCCGUCAUGGAACUCGGUAUCGCUAAGUACAACGAGGAGUGUCGAUCCAUUGUCAUGCGUUAUGCUGGCGAAUGGCGACACACCAUUGAGCGUUUGGGACGUUGGAUUGAUUUCGACAACGAUUACAAGACUAUGGACCCAAAGUUCAUGGAAUCUGAAUGGUGGGUUUUCAAGCAACUGUUCGACAAGGACCAGGUCUACCAAGGACAUCGAGUUAUGCCCUACUCUACUGUUCUCACCACCGCCCUGAGCAAUUUCGAGGCCAACCAGAACUACCAAGAUGUCACUGAUCCUGCAGUUGUCGUCACAUUUCCCCUUGUCGACGAUCCUGAAAUCAACCUACUUGCCUGGACCACCACACCUUGGACACUGCCCUCGCAUCUUGGUCUCGCAGCUCACCCUGAUUUUGAGUAUGUCAAGAUUCUGGAUGAGAAGACAGGAAAGACCUUUAUCCUUCUCGAGAAGCUCCUGGGUACCUUGUACAAGGAUCCCAAGAAGGCUAAAUUCAAGAAGCUCGGAACGGUUCUCGGUAAGGAUAUGCUGGGAUGGAAAUACACCCCUCCUUUCGGUUACUUUUACGAGGAGUUCAAGGACAUUGCAUUCAGGGUGUUGAACGCAACCUACGUUACAGACGACAGUGGUGUGGGCAUCGUCCACCAGGCACCGGCGUUUGGUGAAGAUGAUUACAAUGUUGCUGCAGCUGCAGGUAUCAUCACCGAGAAGCGACCACCUCCUGACCCCGUCAACGACACCGGUCACUUCACUGACCGGGUCUCCGAUUUCAAGGGCCUGCAUGUGAAGGAGGCUGAUAAGCACAUCAUCAAGCACCUCAAGAACGCCGGUCGCAUCGCCAACGAGUCUCAGCUCAAGCACUCGUACCCCAUGUGCCCUCGCUCCGACACUCCCCUUAUCUACAGGGCCGUUCCCUCUUGGUUCAUCCGCAUUCCAAACAUCGUCCCCGACAUGCUCAAGAACAUCGAGGGUUCCCACUGGGUUCCGUCAUUUGUCAAGGAGAAGCGAUUCGCCAGCUGGAUUGCCAAUGCCCGUGAUUGGAACGUGAGCCGAAACCGAUACUGGGGCACCCCCAUCCCUCUUUGGGUCAGCGAUGAUCUGGAGGAGAGAGUGUGCAUUGGAAGUGUUCAAGAGCUUCGCGAAUUGAGUGGAUAUGACGGUGACCUGUCUGAUCUUCACCGCGACAAGGUUGAUCAUAUCACUAUUCCCAGCAAGAUGGGCAAGGGCCAACUGAAGCGUAUCGAGGAAGUGUUUGACUGCUGGUUCGAGUCUGGAAGCAUGCCUUAUGCCAGCCAGCACUACCCCUUCGAGAACGUUGAUAAGUUCAAACAGUCAUUCCCCGGAGACUUCAUCGCUGAGGGUCUGGAUCAAACCCGUGGAUGGUUCUAUACGCUGACAGUGCUGGGAACUCACCUGUUUGGCAAGUCGCCGUUCCAGAACUGUGUUGUCAACGGUAUUGUGCUUGCGGAGGAUGGCAAGAAGAUGUCGAAACGUCUCAAAAACUAUCCCGACCCUUCUAUCGUCAUGUCCAAAUACGGUUCUGAUGCUCUUCGACUCUACCUCAUCAACUCUCCUGUCGUGCGAGCCGAGCCCCUCCGCUUCAAGGAGUCUGGCGUCAAGGAGGUCGUCCAGAAGGUCCUUUUGCCGCUAUGGAACAGCUACAAGUUCUUUGAGGGCCAAGUUGCUCUGCUUAAGAAGGCAGAGGGCGUGGACUUCGUCUGGGAUCCUAAGUUGGAGUCAAGCAACACUAAUGUCAUGGACCGCUGGGUUCUGGCAGUUUGCCAAAGCCUCCUCCAGUUCGUGAACAAGGAGAUGGCCUCAUACCGUUUGUACACUGUCGUACCCAGGCUUCUUGGUCUCAUUGACAGCACAACAAACUGGUACAUUCGAUUCAACCGAAAGCGACUCAAGGGAGAGAACGGUCUCGACGAUACCCUCCAUGCCCUGAACACCCUUUUUGAGGUGCUGUUCACUUUGUGCCGUGGACUGGCACCUUUCACCCCUUUCCUUACUGACAACAUCUACCUAAAGCUUCUACCUCACAUUCCUAAGGAGCUCCAAAGCGAAGAUCCCCGGAGCGUGCACUUCCUGCCAUUCCCCGAUGUCCGCGAAGAGCUGUUCGAUGAGGAGGUGGAGCGACGUGUUGGCCGCAUGCAGCGUGUCAUUGAACUCGCUCGUGUAUCGCGUGAACGCCGCACCAUCGGUCUCAAGCAGCCUCUCAAGACACUGGUGGUCAUUCACUCCGAUCCUCAAUAUCUUGAGGAUGUCAAGUCCCUUGAGAAGUAUAUCAGCGAGGAGUUGAAUGUGCGAGACCUCUUGCUCUCAAGUGACGAAGCCAAGUACAACGUCCAAUACAGCGUCACCGCCGACUGGCCUGUUCUCGGAAAGAAGCUCAAGAAGGAUAUGGCCCGCGUAAAGAAGGGGUUGCCUCUCCUUACCAGCGAGCAGGUUCAGGGAUACGUCCGUGAUAAGGAAAUCUUUGUUGACGGUAUUCGUCUGGAAGAGGGCGAUCUUGUUGUGCGCAGAGGUAUCAGGGAGGAUGAGUCCUCCAAGAACUUGGAGAUCAACACUGAUAGCGAUGUGCUCACCAUUCUAGACACUGAGAUUCACCCUGAGCUGGCAGCUGAGGGUCUAGGACGUGAGAUCAUCAACCGUGUACAGAGGCUUCGAAAGAAGGCAGGUCUGGUGCCAACGGACGACAUCAAGAUGGAGUACCGCGUCAUUGCAGACCCUGAAGAUAUUGGCUUGUCUGGUGCAUUCAAGUCCCAGAAUCCAGUGUUUGAGAAAGUCCUGCGCCGACCACUAGAGGAGACUGGAGCAGAACCACAGACUGAGGGUCUUAUUGCAGAGGAGGAGCAAGAGGUCCAACAGGCAACAUUUUUGUUGAGAUUGCUCAAGCUGUACGGACGAGCUGUUGGCCGUUGGCAUCGCGACCGCGCAAAUUCGCACAGACAGACAGACAGACAGACAACAGAACAAAGCAGAACAGCUCGCGCUUCAUUGGGUACACACCGACUUCUUGACUAUGGGUCAAUGACGGAUGUGGGCAUCUCGCCAAUCAUUAAAUACCUGUCCAUGUCCUCCGACGGCUCUCGCCAGGGCUCAAAUGCGACUUCACCAGCAGUAUCGAUGUCGCCGGCUGCGCAGAGAGCGGCCUCACCGUCUGAUGAUGGCCGCUCGAGCAAUGCCAGUCGGGCACCCUCUAGCCAGGACCCAUACUACUCCAACGAAGACAUCGCUGCGCUGCACGCGGUAGUCGUCGCUGCUCAGGAAUUGCUCGACUCAGCGCCUGAGCCGAAACCUCUCCCUGCUGCUGCGCUCUUCAAGGCGUACGACGUCGUGCUCCCGACCUAUGGAAUUGACCCCGAUUCAGAUCACCACUUGUCGACUUUCGUCUUCCGCGUUGGCGGUGAGCGAGGCGACGGCAACUUGCUCGACAAGUUCCAAGCUAUCCUCAGUCGAAUGGGAAUCGUUUUAGAAUUCGGUGAUAAUACUACUGCGUCGCCGCGAACUUCAGCCUCUACAUCUCCCGCAGUAUCUUCAUCGAGUCGCCAGAGCCAUGCCAUCUCGCGCCAGCAAAUUACUCCACAUGAAGGCCUACAAAACGGCCAUGCCACGACUGGACCUACAGUCCCACAUUCACCAGCUUCCGCUUCACCAUCACCAUCACCAUCACCAUCACCAUCACCAUCACCAUCACCAUCACCGUCACCGUCACCGUCACCGUCAGUCUCUCCACCAGAAUCGCAACGUCUCCCCCGGGAUGGACUGGACUUUUCCGAGACCGACGAUGACGAGGAGGAGGAGGGGGCAUAUGAGGAAAUGCGAAAGGCGGUUGUCUCUUCAGCCAUGAACCGCUGGCGCUCUCUGGUAGCGAGUCGUCGAGCACAGCCUGCACAGCGGAUUCCUUCUUUUCCAAGCAUUCCGGAAGAAGCUUCAGCCGAUGUGAGGAACUUUGAAGCUCAACCCUUUGAAGAUCGACCACCAGUGACCGGGCAUCAAACAGCGACGUCUCCAUAUGUCAAUGGACUCGAGCCUCACACUCAAACUUCUCUCAAAGACCCAACAGAUAUACACACAAGGCCAGUUUCUGCUCAGUCAUUUAUGCACCGACCCCUUUCUGUUCUAAGCAAUGCCAUACGAUCUACGACUUCUCUAAUUCAAGGGAAUACGUUGAAAGAGGAGCACUUUGAUGAGCCAUCUCGUCACGAUGAUGAUGAUGAAUUACCUCACAGCCCAGUUGAGGAGCCUCCACAACAACUCCAAGAGCCUGAAGUGCCUGAAGUGCCCGAAGAACUCGACGAACCUGAAGCAGAACCCUCUCAACAUACACAGAUCCAAAAUCCACCGGAAGUCUUUUCUCCAGUCACAGCGGCUCGAUCUAACACCGUAACUGAUAACGAAGGGACAAUUGUUCAUCAUCCUGUAACCCAGGAACGCACUAGAAAUACAAUAUCUCAACACGAACAACCCGCUGACGAAGGCCCUUUGACACCCGAGCCGCAGAUUGAUUCGGAAAAAGAACAGAACAGGCUCCUCAAACAGGCCGGCAGAGCUCGUGAGAUCUACCUCGCAAGUAAGGUCUUCAACCAUUGGGCUGACCGCACUGCACGCCGUCUGGAAAGAGACGCCGUUGCAAGACGGCAUAUGAUACGAUUUCGCUAUUUCCGAUCAUGGAGCCAAGCCCCUGCACUCCGUGAACCUACCACCGACCACAUGAGGGCAGCCGUGGUCGUGAAGAAGUGGCAACGUAUUGUCGUCCAAGAGAAAAGCUUACAGGCCACUGCGAUAGAAGCUGCUCGGGCUUACGAGCAGAGAAGAGUUCAGCGAGUCCUUGAUAUAUGGUCUUGCCACCGACUCAAACACCUCGGCCGUCAAAUGACAGCCUCGCGUAGUAGGACACGAGCCAUGUCAAAGUGGCUGUCACAGGCUUCUCAUGACAAGGCUCUCAUUCAAGCAAUACAGACCCAAACGACUUUGCGACUCCAAGUGGAUGCCAUUCACAAAUGGCAGGGCAUGUCAGAAAAUGAAAGCCAACUAUAUAACACUGCCAUGAGAAUUGGAGAUAUUCAGCACUCCUUCACAUAUCUUCGAGAAUGGUGGGAUCAAGCUGAGGUCAGUCGAAGGGCGGGCGGGUACCGCCAGCGAUUGAUGAUCGAGAAGGUAAACCAUGCUUUCGAUGAGUGGAACUUGAGGGCAAGAGCCCAGGCAUUCCAGUGGAGGCGCGAGUAUCUUCAAGUGACGCGAGUGUUCGACCGAUGGUUCCAAUGCGCCGAACAAGAUGCGGACAUGGGCCGAAGAGCAGAAGAGUAUUAUGAGGAACAAGCAAAGUCCAAUGUUGUAAGGACUUUCAGGCAAUUUAAGCGUCAUUCGUCACACAUGUCACGUCUGGGGGAUCGAGCUCAACUCUAUCUCGGAGCUACCAAAUUGUUGCAAGUCUUUGAUCGAGCGAUCAAAAGCCGUAGAGACCAAGACAAGCAGCAGAUCAAGAGGUAUCUGAUGGCUAGGUAUACCCAAGUCUCUUCUGCUCGAAAGAAACGCAAUUUCCUUGCUGCUAUCGAUCGAUGGAUGGUAUUGGCGACGGAGGAUAGGGCGCGGAGCGACUUGAUACAAGAGUUGCGAACCCAUAGAGAUACCCAACAGGUUAUCCUGAUUACUGAUGCAUGGAAACGCCAAGCGGACAUUGACCAAAGGCGCAUGCAAGAAGCCAAACUGCAACAUGCAGAGGAAUGGUUGGAAACUUGGAAAGUGUACACCGUCGAACUUGAGCAGCGGGAUACAGAUGCCUGGCAGCUUUGGGCAGCCGACAAGCAACGGCAGUCCCUCAAGUCCUGGUCAAUUGCAUCGUUACAACAAAGUGGACAGGGUCACACAGCAAUUGAAGUUCAAAGGAAGCACGAACGCGAAAGGCGUAACCGCGUACUGCAAUAUUGGCGUCAACGGGACGAUAGAAUUCGAUCCGUGGCUCCUGGAACUCGCCCACAGCCACAAUCUGUGCCGGCUGUAUGGCCACGCGGAAGUUGGCGAGCAUUGUCUGGGAGGCGAUCACUGGCCAGUCGCAAUGAUAGGGGCUUUGAUUACUCCAGUACACCGCUCGAGACACCGACUAGAUGGACUGGGCAGCCAUUCUCCAUGUCGACUAUAAUGCCACCAGGAUCCAUGGCUCCGCUUCGAGAGGCGGACGAGAAUGCUGAGGCGUUUUCGCUAGCGGGCGAUGAAGAUGAUGAGCUACCAGCCUCGCCAUCUUUGAGACCUGCUUCGCGAGGACCUGGCCAGUUCUCAGGUCUGCCAUCCACGACACCGAUGGCACCAGUCCCAUCGCAUUUAGAGCGAGACACCCAGGGUCGUGACCCUGAGUUUGACCAGGACCUGGCGAGCACAGCAGGACCCGGCCGGCCUGAACCCUCACGGCGGCCAGUAGCUGCGAGAUCAUUUGGAAUCAGGCCUCUAAAUGGGCGUACGAUUGGACCUUUGCCUUCCUCGCCGGAGCCAAACUCCCCAGCCAUCAUCAGCAAAUCCGUGGGCGCGAGACCAUCUGCGACGCGAUUUGGACUUCCGCGGCAGACCACCACUACUAACAUGAAGGCCGUCUUGCCGGGCAACCCGCGCUCGAGGCUCCAAGGGCUUGCCUCGGGUUACUGGGACUCGCGACACAUUAAUGUUUACAUCACAGGAAGCGCCUUUGCAAUCUUGGAAGGAUCCCACGGCAUUCUACAGACAGUUUAUGAUGAAGGCGAACAACCGCUAGAAGCUAUCGCAUUCGACGAGGCGACAGGCAAGAUCGCUACUUGCACAUUGACCCAAGUCCGUGUGUACAAGCCAUUCGGGUCGCGCCAAGACACUUUGAAGUGGGCGCUCCAAUCGACCUUGGACAUUCCCUAUCCGAACCCCGACGACGUGCCGUGUACGUUGUCCUGGGGCAGCUCCGCAGAGCUGUUGUUGGGUACACAAUACCUGUCCCUUUUCGACACCAAGACCGAACCGAGGUGUCUCUGGCAAAAGAAGCUGCCGAGCAUCGCCAAAUAUGCCUUAUUGUCGUACGAUUCGAGAUACAUCGCCACGUCGAGCCAUCAUGACCACUUGAUUAAGGUCUGGAGGAGACUCAACUUUGGUGCCGACGAAGUCCGAUUCGAUCUCACAUACCUCCGACACCCGAACAUUAUAACAUCUGUGAGAUGGCGCAGACCAUUCCAUGUUGAGCAGGCCUCCGACAAUGUUCUAUACACCACAUGUCUCGAUAAAUGCAUUCGAGUUUGGACACCUACCGACACACCCGACGGGAAGCAUUGGCAGCUAUGGGGACAGGUCGAUCUUUGCGCGCCAUCGCAAGAGAACCCAGAGGGCUUGGACAUGCGCUUCGCUCUGGUUCUUGACGGGCGAGACUUCACAGCCUCUGUUGAACAAGCUGUCCAGGCGCGAAUGUCUGACGACUCAGCCACCGACGACCCUGUUGCCCUUGAUCACCUAGUAGCAGUCGCGACUAAGAACCCAGAAAUAUGUAUAGCUCUUGAUGGCAAGGGAAUCAUGUCGGCAUGGGCGCUCGAGAAUGUCGGCAGUAGCACCGCAAAUUCACCAACCCUUUUCAAGGUGGCUCAAGUCAAGGAUGUCCAUUUUGAGCUUCUCAGCAACUUCCUUCCGGUUCAAGACACCCCUCACACAGAGAUACAAACGUAUUGCGACAAGAGGAGUGGCAAGGUUCACUUUAUGUUACAUGCGUUCGACGGAAGAAUAGGCGUGUUUACUGGAAGCGUUGCCGAUCUCUUCGACCCCAUGACUAAUGAUCGACGCCUCGCCCUUCAAACAAUCUGGUCUGGACAUUCGACUUCCAUCACCAAGAUCGUCCGAAAUUUCAGCGGGCGAGCGGUGGUCUCUCGAACCAGAGACGGUGAAAGUAUCGUGUGGAAACAUAUUCUGAGCCCACGGAACAGCUCGGGCCUGACCUUGACACGAGGGAGCGUUAUCCCAGAGAAGGGUCACAUACAUCGCAUAUGUGUGCUGAGAAAGGGGCGUUUCGUGGUUUUCCUUCGCCAUGACACAUUCUCGCUCUGGGAUUGUAGGACAAGUCGAGCUACUGCCCUCUCUCAGUGUGACUACGAGGUGUCAGGGAAGCCACUGUGCCUCAUCAUUCUGCCUCGAUCAGAUGUCAAGAACUAUACCGUUGCUCAUAUUGCGACGAUAACGUCGGAAGGACACGGUAUCGUGUGGGAGGUUCAACUGCCUCGCUACUUUGAUGACCCAAAGACAACAGCCGGAGCCAAUGUGGAGGAACUGUGCCGCUUUGAAAUCAAGGACAUAAAGAGUCUGGCCUAUGUGUUGCCAGUUGAUCCUGCCGGUUCGCAGCCCAUCGUCUCGGGCUUUCUCGAUGUAUUCGCUCGCGAUGUUGCCGUUUCUUAUACACACACGGGCCGUGUGGACUUUUGGACUGCACGAGUUGACCCUGAACAGCGAAGCGUUGGAUGGCUAUCGACGUGUACCACGGAGACGGGAGUUUCUGAGCCAGCACUGGUCAGUGGCAGUACAUUGAAGAAAGCUGCCCUCGUGAAUUCGUCGAGAUCGCAAUUGACAAUUUGGGACAUUGGCGGUGCUCGUCUCGAAUAUGAGAACAACUUUCAAGAGCACCAGGUGAUUCAAGAUCUUGACUGGACAUCAACACCUGAUGGCCAGUCUAUUCUCGCCGUUGGUUUCCCUUACCGAAUCGUCCUCCUCUCUCAGAUGCGAUUUGAUUAUCUCAACAAGGGCCCAGCAUGGGCACAAAUUCGCGAGAUCAGCAUUCGAGAACUCACACCUCACCCAAUCGGCGACUCAACUUGGUUGGGCGACGGCCACUUGGUUAUUGGUGCUGGCAACCAGAUGUUUGUGCAGGACAGGCACGUUGGAAUCUCCGAGUCUAUGAAGACGGAUCUGCGUCUUCCUCUGCGAAAAGAUGGCAAACUAGACUUAUUUCAGGUCGUUCAAAGAUUCAACGGCCCCUUGCCAGUCUUUCAUCCCCAGUUUCUCAUGCAAUGCAUCCUUUCAGGGAAGGCGACCCUUGUCAGGCGCAUCUUGGUGGCUUUACAUAGGACCCUGAAAUACCACAUUAACGGCGAAAUGCUGGAUGACUACCUGAGAAUGGACUUGAGCGAAUUCUAUAUACCCGAGCAAAGUCAUACUCUAGCUGUCGACAAGUCUUCUGGGGUCUAUCUGAAUGGAAGCAACACGGAUGAGACGGAUGACGAGGAUGUUUUUACGGAGCAGACCGCGGUCUCGAUCAACGAGAAGCUCGUCAAGAUUGAUAUCAUCCAACUCUCAGGACACGAACAGAUUCAGCUCGCUGAUAUUAUUGAAUGCGUUGCCCUUGUUGAGAGACACCGCCGAUCGAUGGACGAGAAUGGUGCUCGAUUUAUGCUGCUCUUCCGUCAACAUGCCCUCCGCAAAGGACGAACCAACGAGAUGCAUCUCUCAUGGCGUGAAAUCAACUGGGCUUUCCACUCCAACAGCCAAGAUAUUCUGGUUGACUUUGUAUCGCGACAAAACCAUGGCAGUAUGCUUUGGGAACAUGCUCGUGAAAGUGGCCUGUUCAUGUGGCUCACUGAUCCUACUGCAUCGAAAGCUCAAUUCGAGCUGAUCGCCAGAAACGAGUACACAAAGAACGAGGUCAAAAACCCGGUUGAUUGCAGUCUUUACUACCUCGCGCUCCGCAAGAAGACGGUCCUCCAAGGUCUUUGGAGAAUGGCAAAUUGGAACAAAGAGCAAGCAGCCACUCAACGCCUGUUGGCAAACAACUUUGAAGACCCUAAAUGGAGAUCGGCAGCACUCAAGAAUGCCUAUGCCUUGCUUAGUAGGCGACGAUUCGAGUAUGCUGCAGCAUUCUUCCUUCUUGCGGACCACCUCCACGACGCUGUUCAGGUCUGUCUGAAUCAGCUGAAAGACAUGCAAUUAGCCAUCACAAUAUCGCGGGUCUAUGAAGGCGAUGACGGUCCUGUCUUGCGCCGUCUUCUUCAAGAUACAGUGCUCCCCCUAGCAGCACAGGAGGGUAACCGCUGGCUGGCUGCAUGGGCCUUCUGGAUGCUCGGCCGUAAAGAUGUGGCCGUACGAGCACUUAUUACACCGGUGUAUACUCUCUUGGAAACACCUUGUUCACCAGACAUCAAGUCUCGAUUGUUUUUGACCGACGACCCUGCCUUGGUUGUCCUUUACUCACAUCUACGUCACCAGACUCUGCAAACUUUGAGAGGAGCAUCUAAGAUUACACCGAAAGUUGAGUGGGAGUUUGUGCUGCACAGCGCCAAGCUAUAUGACAGAAUGGGAUGCGAUCUUUUGGGAUUGGAUAUAGUACGUAAUUGGGAGUUCCAACAGUCACCUGGAGCAACUGGCCUUGGUGGAGAGGUCAACCCUCUGAAGCUGCUUCGCCGGAGAAGCUCUUUGGUGGUUGCCGACUUGCCUUCACCAACUCUUAGAUUCGACUCUCACUGGGAGAACAAGAAGACGGUCAAACCACCGCCCACGACAUUUGAAGAACCAGAUGCUGGCUCUCUGCUCGACAGUUUCGGCUUCUGA